AUGGCCCCAGCAGAUGCGAACAAGAACAUAUGGCUUGCAGCCGGAGACGGGGAUCUCGAACGUGUCAAAGCACUAAUAGAAGAACAAGGGGGAGAUGUGAACAUCACUGAUGAAGAAGGCGAUACACCCCUCUAUACGGCCGAAACUGUCGCCGUUGCCCAGUUUCUGGUAGAACAUGGUGCUUUAGUAGAUGUGACAAAUUCGGAAGGCGUAUCGCCAAUUGAGACAACAGAAGAAGAUUUCCCGGAGGAACAAACUCAGGCGCAAGAGCACGAAGCCGCGUCAGAAGAAUUGACGGCCGAGUUGAUUGCUCGGACCCAGGAAAUUAUUACUCGUGCAGAACGAGAAGGUCGAGAUCCACAUGACGAACUUACAGCACUCGUAGGGAGGACAGUAUUGGGCGGAAUGGUAUGGGCCGGCGAGAGGGACCAGGAACACCAAGAGGAGAAUCAUGAUAUGCCAGAGCGAUAA